AUGGAAUCCACCAAAACCCAUAAGGCUAAGAAUGACCCCACAAGCACUGGCAGACCCGUAGAUUCCGACGUUGACAUCGAGAGAUCAGUGGAGAAGGCGGAAACCAAGAACGAGAGAUUAGAAGCGACUCAAAGCGAAGCCAAAAAGCAAAAUGCGUUUAUUAUGGAUUUCCCUGAUGGGGGAGCAAGGGCUUGGUCUGUAGCAGCAGGAGCAGCUGGAGUUUUAUUCUGUACAUUUGGAUAUAUAAAUGCUUUCGGUGUUUACCAAGAAUACUACCAAACCCAUCAACUCUCUCAUCGAACCCCUUCCGAUAUAUCGUGGAUUGGAUCUCUCCAGGUAUUCUUUCUCUUUAGCGGAAGUGCCGUCGGCGGCCCACUUUUCGAUCGUUAUGGAGGAAGAACAAUAUGGCCUGCUGCUCUUCUAUAUGUUUUUAGCGUCAUGAUGACUAGUCUCUGCAAGGAGUACUAUCAAUUCAUGCUUACACAAGGGAUCCUCGGUGGAGUAGCUACUGGCAUGACAAUGGCACCUGGAAUGACAGCUGUUGGUCAAUACUUUAAUAAAAAGAGAGGCGCGGCAAUGGGCAUUACAGUCGCUGGGUCUUCAGUGGGAGGCGUUAUAUUUCCAAUUGCCCUAGCAAAAAUGUUUGCGAACCCAAAAUUGGGAUUCGGAUGGAGUGUUCGGAUCAUUGGGUUCAUCAUGCUUGCAGUCCUUGGAAUCUCUUGCACGACUAUCCGAGCGCGAUUACCCCCUCGAAAAAAAUCAUUUUUCCUUCCAGCGGCAUUCAAGGAGCUUCCUUAUAUCACUUUACUGGUCUCGGCUUUCUUGAUGAUGCUCGGCGUAUUUAUUCCUAUCUUCUACCUCCCAUCUUAUGCCGUUCAGUAUGGGAUGAGCACAGAGUUAGCUUCAUAUCUCAUUUCAAUACUGAAUGGCGCUUCAUUUUUUGGUCGUGUUAUUCCUGGUAUUUUGGCAGACAAGAUUGGUCGACUGAAUAUGUUGUGUGCAGUCGGCGUUUCUACUGGAAUACUAGUAUUUUGCUGGCAAAGUAUUACGUCCAGUGCCGGUAUCAUCGUUUUUGCGGCCAUCUAUGGAUUUUGUUCUGGGGCAAUCGUUUCACUAGUGACUUUAUGUCUUGCAAUGGUCCCUAAGAACCCUCAGAACAUCGGAACCUAUAUGGGAAUGGGCAUGUUCGUCACGGCAUUUGCAGCUUUGAUUGGUCCACCUAUCAAUGGUGCACUUGUCGAACAUUACCAUUCUUUUGAUCAAGUUUCGGACUUUAGUGGUGUCGUGGUGUUGGUUGGUGGAUUAUUUGUUCUCGUGAUCAAAUUUGUGGAAGGCGGAAUUUUGAAGAGGGUUUGA